AUGUACGCGGACAGCGGCCCGGCGUCCCGCGCCUACAGCGAGCCUCUGCCCGAGCUCCGCCGCGACUCGCUGCUCGCCGCACAGCACGCGCAGCACGCGCAGCAACGCCGCGCGGCGGCGGCGGCGGCCGGCGAGCGCGUCUCGGCGCCACUGCUUCCUGGCGGGGGGCGCGGGCCCGCAAACGGGCUGUACCACUCUGCCGGCUUCGCCUCGGGCGGCGGGCUCAAGUAUGAUUAUGCGCCCGCGCCCGCGCCGGCCUUUCAAGUGACGGAGGCGGUGUGCGACGCCGCGGCGUUUGCCGGCGCGCCCGUCGAGUACGCGCCCGUUGAGUACGCGCCCGUCGAGGCGCUCGCCCCAACGCUAGCUGCGCAGAGCUCCCUGCUGGCCCCUGAACCCAUCAUGUGGGGCGCCCUUAGCCGUGCGCGCCCCUCCGCUUCUCUGUCGGCCUGCCACGGCCCGUUCCUCGGGCCGGUCGAGGCCGAGCGGCGCGACGCGGCGGCCGCGCAGCAGGCGCUGCAGCAGCAGCAGCAGCAGCUCCAGCUGCUGGUCCUGCAGCAGCAGCAGCAGCAGCAGCAGCAGCAGCAGGCGCAAGUGCAGUACGUGUACCCAUACGUGCACCCGCCGCAGCCGCCGUUGCUCGCGCCGCCGCCGCCGCCGCCGCCGUCACAGCAGCAGCUGCUGGCCGCGCCGGCGGCGCCCGUCGGCCAGCCGGCGGCGCGCGCCCAGCAGAUGAUUCUGCCCAUCUCAGACGCGGACUUUCCAAACAUUUCUGCGCACGUGCCGACGCUGGAGCUCCUGACUGGGGCGUCCCUUUCCAUAGAAAGCGGCACGAUAGAGGCCCCGGCCCCAGACGGGCAGCCGCAGCCGCCGCAGCAGCGGCUGUUCCUGGUGAUCUCAGGGACGCCGCCGCAGCUGCAUUCAGCGAGCACGCUGCUCACGCGGCUGCGCGCGGCCGACGGCGGCGCCGCCAGCACCAGCAGCAAUGGCAGCUUUGGCGCGCGGGCGUGA